AGACUUUUCAAUCACAUGAGACAGAACCACAAGACAAACUAUCUUAACCAACUGACUCUCAUCCUUACAUUCUCAAACUUGACUCUAAUGUAGUUUGAAACAAAUUAGUACACCAUUGAACAGAGGAGGAAGAAGCCAUGGCUGGAGGAUUCGCAGUUGCAAGUGAAGCCCGAUACACCGGAAAAGUCACCAUCUUUGUCGUCUUAUCUUGUAUGAUGGCUGCCAUGGGUGGAGUUAUCUUUGGCUACGAUAUUGGAAUUUCAGGUGGAGUGACAUCUAUGAAGCCAUUCUUGAAGAAAUUUUUCCCUAAAGUGUAUAGGAGGAUGGAGGAGGACACCAAGAUUAGCAACUACUGCAAAUUCGACAGCCAAUUGCUAACAUUAUUCACAUCCUCCCUGUAUUUGGCAGGCCUUAUUGCAUCAUUUUUCGCGUCGUCCACUACCAAAGCCUACGGCCGCAAACCCUCCAUCAUCAUUGGCGGCGCUGCAUUUCUCGCUGGAGCAGCGCUUAAUGGCACAGCUCUCAACAUAUACAUGCUCAUUUUCGGCCGAGUCCUUCUUGGAGUUGGUGUUGGUUUUGCCAACCAGGCAGUUCCACUAUAUCUAUCAGAAAUGGCGCCACCAAAAUACAGAGGAGCCUUCAACAACGGGUUUCAGCUGAGCGUCGGCAUUGGCGCCUUAACCGCAAACCUCAUAAACUACGGCACUGUGAAGAUCAAGCAGGGCUACGGCUGGCGAAUUUCUUUAUCCAUGGCGGCCGUUCCAGCUUCCAUCCUAACAUUAGGCGCUCUCUUCCUUCCCGAAACACCAAACAGUCUAAUCCAGUGCGGCCAAAACCAACAACAGGCGAAGCAGAUGCUGCAGAAGAUCCGCGGAACAAGCGACGUGGACGCUGAGCUACACGAUCUCAUCAGUGCGAUUGAAAAUUCUAAUACUCUGCAAAAUAAUUACAACCAGAUCCUGCAGAGAAACUACAGACCGCAGUUGAUAAUGGCGAUCGCCAUCCCCUUCUUCCAGCAGGUGACCGGGAUCAACGUCAUCGCCUUCUACGCUCCCAUAGUGUUCCGUACCAUCGGGUUCGGGGAGAGCGCGUCCCUCAUGUCGGCCGUGAUGACAGGAGUCGUAGGCAUCGCCACCACGCUCGUGUCGAUGGUGCUGGUGGACAGAGUGGGGCGGCGGCCGCUCCUCGUUGCGGGCGGAUUGGUGAUGUUCGCGGCGCAGCUGGCGGUCGGGGGGAUAAUGGCGGGAAAGCUAGGGGAUCACGGCGGGCUGAGCAGAGGGUAUGGCGAUGUGGUGCUGGUGCUGAUAGGGGUGUACGUGGCGGGGUUCGGGCUGUCGUGGGGCCCGCUGGGGUGGCUGAUACCGAGCGAGAUAUUUCCGCUGGAGAUAAGGGCGGCGGGGCAGAGUGUGGCGGUGGCGGUCAACUUUCUGUUCACGUUCUUGGUGGGGCAGACGUUUCUGGCGAUGCUGUGCCAUUUCAAGGCGGGGAUAUUUUUCUUCUUUGGGGGUUGGGUGGCGGUCAUGACGGCGUUCGUCUAUGUUUUGUUGCCGGAGACGAAAAAUGUGCCGAUUGAACAGAUGGACAAGGUGUGGAGGCAUCAUUGGUUUUGGAACAAGAUUGUGGGGAGCGACAAACAGAGUAUAGAUGCAUUGUGAUACAAAACUCCUUUCCCUCCUAAAUAAAUAAAAGACACGUUUUGAUUCCAUACAUAUUUUUGAUCUUAUAAAAAAUAUUGGUGACAGCUAGUGGAGUGAGUAUGUGAUUCACUUAUCAAAAUAUAAAAUGUACAUGUCUUUUAUUUGUAGAUGUCUCAAAAUAACAAAACGUGUCAAAUUUUCGCUGACGAAGAUA